CUAGAAAUACUCAAUUGACGACUUUGUUUUCGUUUAGCGACUAUAAAGAAAUUUAUUUUAUAAUCAUUGUUAAAGUAGCAGGUGCUGAUUCUAAAUUUAAUUAAAUAGCAACGAAAUAGAAUGCCUGCAAUAGAAGAGGCACAAAUAACUAAAUAUCUAUCCAAGUAUAAAAAUGUUGCGGCCACUAGGAAAGAUGUUGUGGAUGUCAUUACUGCGUACCGCUCCCUGACGUAUAAUUUAGAAAAAUUUGUUUUUAACGAUGGCAGCGUUAAAGAUUUGUUUGCGUUGCAAGGCACAAUUCCGGUGGUCUACAAAAACAACACCUACUACAUUCCCAUAUGUAUCUGGCUGAUGGACACUCAUCCACAAAAUGCACCAAUGUGCUUUGUAAAGCCCACACCCACGAUGCAGAUCAAGGUGUCCAUGUAUGUUGAUCACAAUGGCAAGGUGUAUUUGCCGUAUUUGCAUGAUUGGCAACCGCAUAGCUCGGAUCUGCUAUCACUUAUACAAGUUAUGAUUGUGACAUUCGGUGAUCAUCCGCCCGUUUACUCUAAGCCUAAGGAACAAGUCGCUGUGCCAUACCCAGCGAAUUCAGCUUUCAUGCCUCAACCAGGCGGGCCAGGUGCCUCCAAUCAGUUUCUGCCUUAUCCAAACGCAAGUGGCGCUAGUGGUGGCAACUUUCCGCCUUAUCCGACUGGUGGUGCGAACAUUAUGCCCUACCCACCAGCAGGUGGACAGCCUGGUAGCUCUGGUGGCUAUCCGCCAUACAUGAACUAUCCACAGCCUGGCUACCCAGGUAGCAUUGGAUAUAAUCCAGCUGGAGUAGGCACUCCUAGCUCAACAGGCACCAUAACGGAAGAGCAUAUCAAAGCAUCACUUAUUAGCGCCGUUGAGGACAAGUUAAGACGUCGCAUACAGGAAAAGGUUAAUCAGUAUCAAGCUGAAAUCGAAACAUUGAAUCGCACCAAGCAAGAGCUAGUAGAAGGCAGUGCCAAGAUAGAUGCCAUCGUCGCUCGCCUGGAACGUGAGGAAAUUGAACUGCAGAAGAACAUAGCUGUAUUGCGAGAAAAGGAGGAAGAGUUAAAGAAAAGUCUGGAGAGCCUGGAGAAUGCAGAGGCCAUUGAUCCUGAUGAGGCAGUAACCACAACUGCGCCUUUAUAUAGACAAUUACUUAAUGCCUACGCUGAUGAAGCUGCCACAGAGGAUGCCAUCUAUUAUUUGGGCGAGGGUUUGCGUGGAGGUGUCAUCGAUCUGGAGACGUUCUUGAAGCAUGUGCGUCAACUUUCUCGCAAGCAAUUCAUAUUGCGUGCCACAAUGCAAAAGUGUAGACAAAAAGCUGGAUUGGCUGGCUAAUCGGUAAUGUGUGGAAUGC